AUCAAAGCUAGAGUGCUAGACACCUGACACAUCUGUCAUCUACAUACAGAUUUCAUAGAGAAACGACCAUGAUGUCAUCCAAUUCCCUCGUCCAGCGCCUGAUGAAAUGGUGCCCGUGGUUACUGAGAGAUGAGCCGAAGAAACCUGUCAAGGUUCUAGUCACCGGCGCCGCAGGGCAAAUAGGGUAUGCCAUUGUCGCGAUGAUCGCGAGGGGCCUGAUGCUAGGAGCCGACCAGCCGGUGGUGCUCCACAUGCUGGACCUGCCGGUCGCGGCGGAUGCCCUGAACGGCAUCAGGAUGGAGUUGAUCGACGCUGCACUGCCUCUGCUCAGAGGCGUGGUGGCGACGAGUGACCAGGCUGAAGCGUUCAAGGGCGUCAACGUCGCCGUCCUGAUCGGUGGAUGGCCGAGGAAAGACGGGAUGGAGAGGAAAGAUCUGAUCGGCAAGAACGUCGCGAUCUACAAGUCGCAGGCCUCCGCGCUGCAGCAGCACGCUGCGCCAAACUGCAAGGUCUUGGUCGUGGCUAAUCCUGCAAACACGAACGCGCUCGUCCUCAAGCAGUUCGCGCCUGCGAUUCCGGCCAAGAACAUCACCUGCCUCACCAGGCUCGACCACAACCGGGCCCUCGGCCAGCUCGCCGAGAAGCUGAACGUGCACGUCGCCGACGUCAAGAACGCCAUCAUAUGGGGCAACCACUCCUCCACCCAGUUCCCCGACACCAGCCACGCCACCGCAUUGACCGACCGCGGCGAGAGGCCCGUCAGGGAGCUCGUCGCCGACGAGAAAUGGCUGAGGGAGGAGUUCGUCAGCACCGUGCAGCAGCGAGGCGCCGCGGUGAUCAAGGCGCGGAAGCAGUCGAGCUCGCUGUCCGCCGCCAGCGCGGCAUGCGACCACAUGAGAGACUGGAUCCUUGGAACCCCGAAGGGUACGUGGGUGUCCAUGGGCGUUUACUCUGACGGCAGCUAUGGCGUCCCCGAGGGCAUCUUCUAUUCGUUUCCGGUGACCUGCGAGAAGGGGGAGUGGUCUAUCGUGCAAGGACUUCAGAUUGACGACUUUGCACGGUCCAAGAUGGAUGCCUCAGUGACCGAGCUCAAGGAAGAGAAGCGCAUAGCUAAUGGGUUUGUGAUCUGAACUGCAACCAAGAGGCUCAAGCAGAGCUUCAGCUAACGUUUACUUACGUAAAAGUAAAUUGUUGCACGGGUUUCGUCAGUUAUGUUCUUCACUGCCACA